AUGAAGUACCAGAGUUCUUCGGCGGAUUCUUGCGGGUUGUACGGAAAAUUUCCGAAAAGGAUUCUCCAGAUUCGAUCUCUUCGUAAACUCAAUUUGUUUAUGAAUCCGCUUCUUCAAGGUACUUUGCCAGAAUUUCCUGUACAUGGACUGCUUGAGGAGUUGGAACUUUCAGAUACGAGUUUCUCAGGUGAAUUACCGGAUUCUAUUGGUAAUCUUACAUUCUUAUCCAGGUUAAACUUUGAGUACGUAGGGUUUAAUGGGUCAAUUCCCCAAUCAGUUUCAAACCUUAACCAACUUCAAGUUUUAACCCUUCCAAUAAACCGUUUCACCGGAACAAUACCAACAACUAUAUUCACACUACCUUUAUUACGUGAACUCGAUCUGUCAAUGAAUCAAUUCACAGGUAACCUUGGUGAGUUCUCCAACGGAUCUUCUUCACCAAUGAAGACCCUUGAUCUAAGUGACAAUAAGCUCCAAGGACCUAUUCCAAAAUCGGUUUUUGAAUUGUCCGGACUUGAAAGUCUUGUGCUUUCUUCCAACAACUUCAGUGGCAGGGACGGACCCAAGAAGUUUUCUCAACCUGGGCUAAUAGCCUUGGCCCAUUAUAACAUUUCAAUUUUCAGGUUGUUUUUAGGUUGUUGGGCUGUGACGACUACCUGGGCUAAAAUCCGGGUUAGCCCAGCUGUAGGUCCGUCAGUGUUCAGUGGCACAAUAAGUCUAAGUAUGAUUUUUCAUAAGUUAAGAAAUAUUACGGAGGUGGAACUCUCAAGUAACGGAUUGUCAGUAGAUAUUGCUAAUGUUACUUUUGCAUUAUUUCCUCAAGUUACAAGUUUAAAAUUAGGUUCCUGCAGUUUGAAAGAGUUUCCUAUUUUUUGA